AUGUCGUCUUCUUCCACAUUUCCUGCGUGGGCAUCGAGCAGAAGUAUACUUACCCCUAAGGCAACCAAGAACUAUACUGAGUAUAUCUGCAAUCAUCUAAACGGCUGUCCUCUUAAACAAACACAUCAUGCUGCAUCUAUAGCUGCAUCUACCGGCACAUCACACUCAAAGUUGUCUCUCAUGAAUGGAUUCAAAUGCCGGGCUCUAGAGGUUGAGACCAAGCCUUCCAUUUCACAAGGGAAGAAGUUUCAACUCGAGGACAUCAUCGAGGCCCAGCAGUUUGAUCGGGAAACUCUGAUUUCCAUAUUCGAUGUUGCACUUGAGAUGGAGAAGGUUGAGAAGAACUCGCCCGAGAGCCAAAUUCUUAAAGGUUAUCUGAUGGCCACCUUAUUUUACGAGCCCUCAACCAGGACCAGGCUCUCAUUUGAGUCUGCCAUGAAACGUUUGGGUGGGGAAGUUUUGACCACUGAGAAUGCACGAGAGUUCUCAUCGGCCGCAAAGGGGGAGACCCUUGAAGAUACUAUAAGAACGGUGGAAGGGUACUCUGAUAUAAUAGUGAUGAGGCAUUUCGAAAGUGGUGCUGCUAGAAGGGCGGCAAGCACAGCUGGUAUUCCGGUUAUUAAUGCUGGAGAUGGCCCAGGACAGCAUCCAACUCAGGCCUUGCUGGAUGUGUACACAAUUCAAAGAGAGAUAGGGAAACUUGAUGGCAUCAAAGUUGGACUCGUUGGAGAUCUUGCUUAUGGAAGGACUGUCCGCUCGCUCGCCUAUUUGCUCGCCAAGUUUAAGGAUGUUAAAAUCUACUUUGUGGCACCCGAAGUAGUGAAAAUGAAGGAUGACAUAAAAAGUUAUCUUACAUACGAAGGAGUUGAAUGGGAAGAGAGCAGGGAUUUAAUUGAGGUGGCUUCCAAAUGUGACGUGGUGUAUCAGACCCGUAUUCAGCGAGAAAGAUUUGGUGAAAGAAUUGAUCUUUAUGAAGAAGCCCGAGGCAAGUACAUUGUGAAUCGAGAUGUCUUAGAUGUGAUGCAAAAACAUGCAGUCGUAAUGCAUCCAUUGCCGAGGCUUGAUGAGAUUACUGUUGAUGUUGAUAUUGAUCCGAGGGCAGCCUACUUCCGACAAGCAAAGAAUGGUCUCUAUAUACGCAUGGCCCUUUUAAAGCUUUUACUGCUUGGAUGGUGA